AUAUUUUUGCUGAAAGGAUUUAGAAUAGAAAAACGACGAUAAAGAUAGCAACUUUUGGUAUCUGACAAAAAAAAGCCUUGCCCCUACCGGAAGUAGCGUGACGUGGACAAUUGAACAUAUCCGCAAAGCUCCCUAUUGUUUGCAAUGAUGGCCGCCAGAUCUGAGAGCGAUUCUGACCGAGAUAGCGACGAUUUCUCCAUUAAUUUGAGCGAGGAUGAAAGAUUUGUGGAUGAGGAAAGUGCAAGUGAAGGACUAGUGGGGAGUGGAAGCGAUUCAGAUAGGGAAGAAGCUGUGAGAGGGAUAGAGCCAUAUCGCUUUGAACCCGACGCUGAUGAAGACGGUCAGGAGGACGCUGCUGCUAUUGAUGCUGGAGGAGCACACGACAUAGAUCGCCUUGAGAAUACAGAAUGGUGUACAUGUCAAAACUGUGUGAACAUGGAGACAGUGGCUGAGUGUGUCUGCUGUAGUGAAAUAGAGGCAGUGACCAGAACGAUGGAGGAGGAGGGGGUGAAGACGUGCAUCAUAGACCACCAUGGCUUUCCAUCUGUGUGUCUGGAUGAAUGGGUGCUGCAGACAGCGUAUAACGCCUACAAACAGCAAUAUGGCAUGCUGCAGCAACAGCAAAAUGAGCGGAGACGACACACAGCCUAUCGACAGUUUGUCCGCUUCUGCUGGGGAUAUCUGGGAAAGGACAUAAGGGUGGUACUACCAGCUUGUGUAGUACAUAAGAUUAGGACAACAUUCCCAUCGAUGGACUACACGGGGUUCCAAGACGUGCAGUGACUGCAACAGAAUCUACAUGGCCACUGUACUUAAUCAAUAAAAUCAAUCAAUCAAU